AUGAGCACUGUGCUCUGUAGGAAUGGGCCGCAGUGCAGAAAAUUUGUAGAAGGCACGUGCCAUUACAACCACGAUUUCGGCUCAAUGGCUCCAAAUGGUCUCAGCAACAAUGCGAAGAAGUCGCUCACAGUGGAUUCUCCUGCCUUCACGCCGAAGUCCAGCAACGUUCAACCGGUCAAGAACCUUGGGAUAUCGCCCAAAGCCGCGGCGGCCGCAACAUUUACACCACGUGGAUCAGGGACAGUGACACCAUCUGCUUUUACCCACACCAAAGAGCUGUCCGGCGAAUUUGUUCCUGCCCAGAUGAACCAGCCCGCCCCACAAUUCCAAGAGUUUGUGCCCGGCCAGUCGUUCGUGGGAUCACCCCAGCUAGAAGCGCAGACACAGAUACAGCAGCAGAUAAAUCCUUAUAGCGAUCCCUUUCUUGCUGGACAAAAUCUUGGCGGCUUAGAUGGUGCACACGUAAAUCCAUAUGCGCAGCAAGGACCUACCAUUGGAGGACAGGGUUUCUAUCCGGACGCAUCGAAUUUCAAGCAUCCGCUCAAUUAUCACCUCUACUCGACGAUCGGCCCACGCCGUGAGAAUCUGGCUACGUACCAGCGCGUCACCGCCGAUUUUUUCGUUCCAGAUGAUCUGCGAGAGGAACUCCAACGGAAAUCUGAGGCUACACUCCAGACGUUUGCCAACAGCACGCUCCCACAUACCGUCGAGCAUUUCCACUCUCUUGUGGCGCUGGACACAAACAACACCAAGGGUGUUGCUACUUUUGGGUAUCCCAGCUGGAUCUAUAAAGCCAUUUCGAGCAAGGAUGGCCACGUCUAUGCUCUCAGAAGAGUAGAAGGUUUUCGUCUAUCAAGCGAAACGUCAAUACGAACAAUCAACAGCUGGAAACGCAUUAACAGUGCUAGCAUGGUUCAAGUUCACGAUGCUUUCACUGGUAGAUGGUUCGGCGAUAGCUCGCUCAUCAUUGUGACCGACUACCACCCAAGGUCGCAAACUUUGGCUGAGAAGCAUUUCUCCGYGGGCCGAAACACAAACCGAUCCGGCGCACAGAUUACCCCUGAGAACGAGCUUUGGGGUUACAUUGUACAGCUUGCAAGCGCUCUGAAGACGAUACACGAAGCAGGCAUUGCAGCGCAGACUGUAAUGGCAUCCAAAGUGCUCCUGACGUCGAAGAACCGCGUGCGAUUGAAUGGUUGCGGGGUGUUCGACAUCAUUCAGCACGAUCAAAGUCGACCGCUGGUCGAGCUUCAGCGUGCCGAUCUUCAGGAUCUGGGUCGGCUGAUAGUGGGAAUUGCAACACGAAAUCAAACCGCGCACCAGAACUUGUCCAAGGCGUUGGAUCUUGUCGCUCGCUCGUAUACCGAAAGGCUAAGAUCUUGCAUCGCAUGGCUUCUCGUACCUCCUCCGCUGCCACAGGACGGGUCGCAAGCAUUAGGGACAUCUCAUCCCUCGACAGACUACAAUGUGAACUCGCUACUCACAAGCAUUGUUGACAAAGCCAUGGUCAUCAUGGAUAGUACGCUCCACCUGGAGGACGAGCUCACGACAAAUCUCGGCCGCGAGCUUGAGAACGGGAGACUUGCGCGUCUUCUUGCAAAGUUGAACGUCAUCCUCGAACGGCCGGACAUCUCGAUCAACCCUGCAGCCUCAUCGAACCCUGCGCUUCUGAACCAGCCAUCAAUGGCUUGGUCGGAGACUGGCGAACGCUAUUAUUUGAAAUUGUUUCGCGAUUUUGUCUUCCAUCAAGUCGAUCAUGAUGGCAGACCUGUCCUCGAUCUUGGUCAUAUCAUCACAUGUCUCAACAAGCUGGAUGCUGGAAUUGACGAGAAGAUACAGCUGAUGAGUCGCGAUGAGGCUAACGUCUUCGUCGUAAGCUACAAGGAGGUCAAACGUGGGUUCGAAGCGGCGUGGGCGGAGAUAAGCAAGGCUUCGAACCCUGCGCGGCGAUGA